AUGCGUUACUUGCUCUUUGAAUCUGCUGCCGGGAUCGCGAUUUUCAGCAUAAAGGAGUUUGACGAUGUAGCUAAGUUUACAGCAGAGCUGCAACGCUCCAUUGCCGACGGAGGUGCCUUCUCCACCCUGGUAAAGCUGUCUUCGUUUCAUCGCUUCUCGGGAAACGAAGAUGCUGCAGCAGUGUGCGCUGCCCUCCAGGAAGGUGUUGUUCCAGAGACUGUUCUUAGAGUGGUCCAGGGCAUCAUGAAGGGGGAGUCUUCGACCAUCGGAGUGGUGGAUGAGCGCCUCAAGCUGUCUUUGGACGCUGCAGGUGUGCCUGCGGAGUACAGCGGCCUCAUGGUGGAAAUUUCCCGCGGCAUCAAGCGCCACUUUUUGAAGCUAAUGGCCGGGGAUGUCAACCCCGAGCAGUAUGAGGCAGCCUGCUUGGGUCUUUCGCAUCUUAUGGCCCGCAACAAUGUCAGCUAUGAUAAGAACCGUGCAGAUAACAUGAUCAUUCAAGGAGUUGGGCACUACGAGACAAUCCUGAAGAACACAAAUAGCUUUUUCAUGAGGCUCCAAGAGUGGUACUCAUAUCAUUUCCCAGAGCUUAAGAGGAUUAUGGUCGACCAUCACGAGGAGUAUGUUCGCACUAUUCUAGCAAUUCAGACGAAGGAAAAGCUUAUCUCUGGGGAGACUGCGAGCUCUUUUGACCAGCUUGUAUCUGACGGUGUCUUUGGAAAGGAUGUUGCCGAUAAAGUACGCGCAGCAGCGACAAUUUCAACCGGGAUGAAACUCCACGACGAUGAUCUGAAGGCUGUGCUAUCUCUGGCGCAGCGGACGCUCUCGAUGUUCAAUGAGAAGCAGGCGUUGACGGACUAUCUUGGCUCUAAGAUAGCAGAGAUUGCUCCCAAUACUGCAGUCCUCCUCGGUGACAUACCUGCGUCACGUCUGAUCGCCCGGGCAGGGGGCAUACGCUCUUUAGCUAAGUCACCUGCGUCGACCAUACAGAUUCUUGGCGCAGAGAAGGCUCUGUUCAGGUCCCUGAAGGCGCGUAACAGGAAAACACCAAAGUACGGCGUCCUUUUUUCUGCUCCACAAGUCUCCAAGGUAGACAUCCGCCACAAGGGGCGCGUUGCCCGUAACCUUGCUUGCAGCAUAGCGCGUACAGCAAAGAUGGAUUGUUAUGGCAUUUCUCGCGACACGAGGUUUGGAGUGGCACUGAAAAAUAUGCUUGAGGACCGCAUAACUUUUUAUAAGACAGGUGCCAAUCCGCCGCGUAAGAACAUAGAUCUGAUGCUGGAUUUGUAUCCAAGUGGGUCUUCCGCCGAUGUGCCCGUGCAAGAUUCAGCGGAGCUCCUCGUCAACGAAGAAAAGUCCAGCAGCCACAAGAGGGAGCACAGGAAGGAGCAUAAGAAAGAUGAUAAAAAAGAGCACAGAAAGGAUGAUAAGAAGGAUGAUAAGAAGGAGGAUAAGAGGAGCAGGUCAAAGGACAGAAAGGAGGUCCGUGAUGCAAAGUAA